AUGGAUCUCGGCAGCCUUCUCAAUCAGGGCUCACAGGGCUUGGACCUUGAAGAGCUACAACGCAUUCUCUCUCAAUCAGAAAGCAGCACUAAGCUCGAUCGCAUCACCAAUCCGACCUUCUCUUUCCCUGACGCCAUGGACGACACAUAUGAGUUUUUUGACGUAUUCGUUCGUAUUUUAUUAUCAAUCGAGUAUACGGACGAAGCUUUUGGAUCUCAAUACACUAUGACGAUCGUGGUGGAAGCGUUGCGUACAUGCAUAAACGGGUUACUACAACGACAUGGAUUUGGAUGGCUGAUUCAACUACCACGACGACUUUCCGAUAUGACAUGGCGUAUGCUGCAACAAAAAGAGGAUCCAGCAAUUCUGAUCUACUUGUAUGGAUUGGUGUUGACAAUUGCGACGCAACGAGAUACAUUGACAUUGGAGGAUUGGGCAAUAUCGCUGGUGGAAUUCAUCAAGGCCAAGCAUAGCACCAUCAUGUGCCACAUCUGGUUGUAUUUGUGGUCAGUUGAUGAUACCCAAAAAAAGGACACCAAGUCGUUCUUCUUUCAGUCAUUAAAUGGUAUCCUUGGCAACAACGAAGAUGAUGAUGGAUGGAACAAGUGUAUCAAAUCGAUGGUGACCAUUCUCAAGGAACAGCAAAUGUCUUUGUUAUAUCAAAUCGAUGAAAAGCUGGGCAAUGUCUUGUGGCGACCCUCGUUCACUACUGAUGAAUGCGUCAUUGCUUAUGCCACUCUUCGACUCACGUCCAAUCGUGCUCUUUCUGAAUUCCCUACAAGCUGCCAAAUCUUGAAAAGGAUUCUUGAUACAGAAAAAGCUUCAAUACAACAAGACAAUCCAUUAUUGAACCCAAUCGUGGAGGAAUCGCUUCCAGGAGACGCCGUUGCCAAGAUGAAGCUGCUGCAGAAGGCUAUACUGAUAUGGAUGAACGAAUACAAAAAGCUUGGCGAGACACAGUUUAAUAUGUAUUUGCAAACGCUCCUCAAAUCACAGUAUCCCACCGACAACAAAAGAAUACUUGAUGCGCUUGUGGCCUAUUGGACAACUCGUGAUCCUUAUGGAAACCAACAGGAUGUGAUCCUUGACACAUUUAUGGAGAUUUUGGGGAAGAUCAAGUAUCACCAACGUGCAUCGCCCUAUUACGCCUUCAUUGAGUAUUUCAAAGGAUGGAGUGGACGUGCUGAUGAAAUGAGCGACACCAAUGGAUACAACAUCACAGCCGGCGCCGAGAUCAAUGUAUCGCGCUAUGUUGGCUAUGGCAAUCCAGCACUUUUACGCGGAUGUUGUCGAAUGCUUGAGCGAUUAUCUAGCAGCAAAGCAGCUUAUGGUUGGAUCGUUUCGUGCAUUGAAAAUGUACAUCCGGAUAUUGCGGUAUGGUAUGUUGGUUGGCUCGUUGAGCAGUGCAAUCAUACCAAGCCUCAAUCAUCUCCCUAUGGCAGACUCAUGGAAUGGGUGCUUGGAAGUACAAGGAUGGUGGACUUGGCCAUGGACGUUGUACCUGUCAUUUUGAAAACGAUCAUUGAUGAGCGUUGGUCGUGGUUUCUUCAGCAAUCCAAAUGCAGCAAAGUCAUCAUCAAGUACUUUCAGGGAUAUCCACAGCUAUCGACACAGCUUUUGAUCAACCAUUUAUUGGAAACCAGGUCCAAACACUUUAUCGACAAUCUCCUCAGGAAGCUUCAAAAAGUGAUGCCGAGCACAGAGCUCAACAGCACCGAUUCUCGUGCCUGGUUUGCCAAUCAUUUUAUGGGCCCUGUUGUAACCAUGGUGAGCGAAUCAAAAGAGGAUUCAGUGGCAUUGCAAUUGUUUCAUCGUAUGCUAAGCGAUGCUGAUUCAUAUGAAUUUUUCCUCGGCACAUCACUGAAUGGCAGCGACAUCAUUCCUCCCUCAGCUUUUGAGAUUUUGCACGUGACAACUCAGCACAAUGUAUUUUCGGUUCAACAUCUUGGGAUGGUGUCUUUAUUACAUGAGAUGGUACAAUUGCGUGACAAGGUCAAAACACAAAGGCUGGUGACUGAAUGGGAACGUCAAUGGCUCAAGGACAAUGGCACCCUAUUUUCGGUUUCCAAAAAGUGGGUAUUUCAGCUCAUUGGCUUGUACGACAAAGCCCCUGCCCAGAUCAAACAAAUGAUUGAGCAAUUCAUCAACAUUGGCAUCCAACAUGAUCAGCAAACCUCAACGAAUCAACAUGAAUUUUCAAAAACGAUGAUGGAAUUGAUGAUGAUUGGAGACGUACCCGAAAUCGAGACGUUGUUUGAUUUAUUUUCGCGAUCACAUGAACAAUACAGCAAAGUCGACGACGACCGAGACGAUGAAGUUGUAUUUAUUAUCAUCAGCAUUCUACUUUCAAUUGGUGAAGAAUUACAAUUCGCGCACAACCAUCCAGAAUACUACCCAAAGACAACAACACCACCACCACCACCACCACCAGCAAUGCUUGAACAGGAAUGGGAUUCAGGGAGUGAGCAAAAGAUGGGAAACAAGAAGCGUAAAGUGACGACAUCGAGGAAACAGCAAGCUUCCAAAUGGCAAAAGAUGAAAGGACGUAAGCAACAACAACAACAGAAGCAGCGGCAACAGCAAACACAGUAUUCGGCACGGCAUUUGUUAAUAUUGUUGAGCCAACGAGCGAUAUCAUUUCUUGAAACUGUGAUGGAAGAUGAACCUGGAGAGAGUCCUUUGAAAGAAAUAUGGCGCACCAAAUUGACGACACAACCGCUCUUUUACGAAUCACUACGAUCCCUAAGCCAAGCAGUGGAGAGUGAAGGCGACCUUCGUGGUGACCUGCAGGCAUUGGUUGAUCGAUGUUUGGGACGCCUUUCCAAGGAAAAAGUGAAUCAAGCCCGAACCAUUUUGGAUUUCAAUAGCUAA